UGGUCCUGUGCUGCCGUGUAAUUCGUGCGGUACAAUUAGUUAUAGCGCACGCCCGGACAACGGAGCAAAGGUUGGGUACCACUCUGACGGGAGAGAGCUUUUCUUUUGAUUCAGUGUAUUUAAAAGGAACUUUCUGAUGACGGCUGUUCCUUUCUUUUGAGCGCAAAUGAUCGCGCGCGCACGUUUAUCGCCAUUUUACACCAGCGCGUGCCAUGGACGUAAAAUGUUAUCGGGAUGAAUCCCCCGCCGCUUUCCAUCGGUAAGCAAAACGAGAUGUGCCUGACUUAGCUUUGUUUGCCGUCAAAUAACAUGAGCGGCAUCCGUUGUCUGGAAUCCGAAUGAAAGCCUGCGCAUUGCGGUGCGGUUUGUUUUCAUUUCUUCUCGUGUUUUGGAGCGUCGGGCAUCCCCUCCUCUCCCACGCAUCACCUAAUCGAUAAUCGAUUGCAUGGACUUGGGGCAGAUGUCACGCUUUCUUCUGUGCCAUCAUCGCUGCAUGUGAUACAUCGCAGCUCUAUUUGGGACAUCACUGGCUCUCCUGUGUCAUAAAUGAAAAACAAACUCUACCCUCUAAAAUUCACACCACCAUGGGAGAAGAAUGCUGGCUUUGGAAGGAAACACAAGUCUUGCACGAGAAACCACACCAAAAUAAUCGCCAACCCUGGAAUCGUGAUGAAAGUGCUACGGCGGAAGAAGAUCAUCAUGCUUCUGGCCUAUUUUCUGCUGGUGGCUUUGACCAUGCUGAACCUGGCUAAUUACAAAUGGACCAAAGAGCCACAGCAGUGCAACCAGCCCAUGCAGGGAGUGAACUUCCAAAGCAGAUCAGACAUCCGUUACCUUUACAAAGCCCCGCAGGUCAAGAAAAGGCAGCUGGUGUACGUGUUGACCACUUGGAGGUCCGGCUCGUCCUUUUUCGGGGAGCUCUUCAACCAAAACCCAGAUGUGUUUUUCUUGUAUGAGCCCAUGUGGCACAUUUGGCAGAAGCUGUACCCGGGGGACGCCGUGUCCCUCCAAGGAGCGGCCAGGGACAUGCUGAGCUCUCUUUACAGGUGCGAUUUCUCAAUUUUUCAGCUGUACAACAGUCCUGGGGGGAAGAACAUAACCUCUCUCGGACUGUUUGGGGCCGCCAUCAAUAAGGUCAUCUGCUCCUACCCCUUCUGUACGUCCUACAGGAAGGAUGUGGUUGGAAUGGUGGACGAAAAGGUUUGUAGAAAGUGCCCUCCACAGAGUCUUCAGAUGCUGGAGGAGGAGUGUCUAAAGUACAACACUAUCGUGAUCAAAGGAGUUCGCAUUUUGGACGUCAACGUUCUGGCCCCCCUAAUGGAGGACCCUUCUUUGAAUCUGAAAGUGAUCCAUUUGGUGCGAGACCCCAGGGCGGUGGCCAACUCCAGGAUUAAAUCCCGGCACGGACUCAUACGGGAGAAUUUGCAAGUCGUACGCAGCAGAGACCCCAAGCUUCGUCGUGUGCCAUUCGUGGACCCCAACCACAAAAUGAACAAAAAAGACGGGUCAGAUUACCACUCCAUUGGAGCCAUGGAGGUGAUCUGCGAACAAAUGUCUAGAACUCUGAAAACCGCUCUUCACCCUCCCACCUGGUUCAAAGGCAAAUACAUGACGGUACGCUACGAGGACCUGGUGGAGAACCCCAUUAAAACUGUUCGGAAUGUUUACCGCUUCGUUAAUCUUUCAGCCAAUCACGACAUUGAGAUCUUUGCUAUGAAUAUGACGACAGGACCGAACGCCUCCACCAAACCGUUCAUCGUGUCCUCCAGGAACGCCACGCAAGCGGCCAGCGCCUGGAGAACUGUGUUGAACUACCAGCAGAUCAGACAGGUGGAGGAGUACUGUCAGCAUGCCAUGUCUCUGCUGGGAUACCUGCGCGUCCGCACGGCCGGGGAGGCUAAGGAUUUGAGCAGACCAUUAUUGACAGUGCCCAAAAUAUGAACCACCGCCAAAGACAUUUGAUGUUUUGCAUUUGUGCUGAUAACAGCCUGAAACUCAUUCUGUACGAACUGUUAUUUAUGUUCAAUGCUUAAUGGCUCAGUGGAAUGUAUCUGUUUGCAUCAUACUGUGCACAGCCACUUAUUGUAUGUUGGGACCAGAAUAUUGUCUGCAUCACCACAUGUUUGACCAAAUAAGAGAAGAAAAAAAAACUUUGUGUAUGAUGUGUCAUUGAUCAUUAAAGCUACGCCAAGACAUUUAUUUAAUCGAAACAUUUAGAUUUGGCAUUCCCUGAUUUCAGGACUGUAUAAACUAAAGGGACGUCUAUCUAAACAGCAAUAGUCUCACUGUCCUGUGUGUCUAAUUUAAAUCAGCUGAGACGUGCUCUAGUUCCUGUCGACUUUUUCUCUGGGUUAACAUAUCCAUAAACGGGUCAUUCUUGUUAUGCAGUACAUUUCCGUGUCCCCGUCGUGUCUUAAUUUAAGGGAUGAAAUAUUAAACCGUUUUUAAAGAUGAAAGUCAUGUUAGUUUUCUUUUAUCCCAGUAUCACAAUGAAGUGGGUGAAUUUAACAUGAAAACUGGCAUUUAUCAAAAGGAUAGCUUAACCAAGCAUAUACGUGUUUCUGAGCAACAUAAGAUGUAUUUUAAGAAUGUGUU